AUGACUGCUCUUAGGCGAAUCCAGAAGGAGCUCCAAGAUAUCACGAACAGGCCCCUUGAUGGAAUGACAGCCGAACCAGAAGCAGAUAACUUGCUCGUUUGGAAGUGUUCAGUAAAGGGUUCUCCAGAUAGCCCAUAUAAAAACGGAACAUUUCACUUCAAGAUCGAGCUCCCGAUGAAUUUCCCAUUCAAGGCGCCGAGCGUCACGUUCUUAACUAAGAUUUACCAUCCCGGCAUCAACGAAGAGGGCCAUAUUUGCGUUCCUAUUCUUCGCGAUGAGGUGAGGCCAACGUUCUCUUCAUCCGCAGGGAUAAUCCUUGUUUUAUUUGUAGUGCUGGCAGUCAUUCAAGAGAAAGUGAAUAAUCCAAGCCCGGACGAUCCGUUCGAACCUGAAAUUGCUGCAUUGUUGAAGAACGACAAAGCAAAGUUCUUAGCUACCGCAAAGGAGUACACGAAGAGGUAA